AUGCUUUUACAGCAGCAGUAUCAAAGUGCCCUGUUUUGGGCAGACAAAGUAGCUUCACUGUCUCAUGAGGAACCACAAGAUAUCUACUGGUUGGCCCAAUGUCUUUACCUAACAGCUCAGUAUCAUAGGGCAGCACAUGCCCUUCGAUCACGUAAGUUGGAUAAGUUAUAUGAAGCAUGUCGCUACCUUGCAGCUAGAUGUCAUUAUGCUGCAAAAGAACAUCAACAGGCCCUGGAUAUUCUUGAUAUGGAAGAGCCAAUCAACAAAAGACUUUUUGAAAAGUACUUGAAGGAUGAAAGUGGAUUGAAAGACUCUACCACAGACUGGGAGAUGUCACAGUCCUCUAUCAAGAGCUCUAUAUGCCUUUUGCGAGGGAAGAUCUAUGAUGCUUUGGAUAACAGAACCCUAGCAACAUACAGCUACAAAGAGGCCUUGAAGCUUGAUGUUUACUGCUUUGAAGCAUUUGAUCUUUUAACAUCGCACCAUAUGCUGACGGCACAAGAAGAAAAAGAACUUCUUGAAUCUCUACCUCUUAGUAGACAAUGUACAGAAGAAGAACAAGAAUUGCUUCACUUUUUAUUUGAGAAUAAAUUGAAAAAGUAUAAUAAACCCAGUGAAACACUGAUUCCUGAAUCAGUAGAUGGUCUUCAGGAAAACCUGGAUGUGGUAGUUUCUUUAGCUGAAAGACAUUAUUAUAACUGUGAUUUCAAAAUGUGUUACAAGCUUACUUCACUAGUGAUGGAAAAAGAUCCUUUCCAUGCAAAUUGUCUACCUGUGCAUAUAGGGACACUUGUGGAGCUUAAUAAAGCAAACGAGCUUUUCUAUCUUUCUCACAAACUGGUGGACUUAUACCCAAAUAAUCCUGUAAGUUGUUCUAAGCCUUCCUUACCAG